GUUCAAGUUUCUACAUUUUGGAUGGUCUUAGACGGAACAAAUGGCAAGCCCUACCACCGCGUCAACAAUUAGAGGUCAGUGUGUUUUCGGGUCACUGGAGGCUCUGAACUCGGCUUUGUCCAGUCAUGAGGAGGAAACCAUCUCUAAAUUUGUCACACUACGCAAAGAAAAAGACUUUGGCCAAAGGGUUGAGAACCUAUCAUCUGAAAAGAAGGUGUACUGGGACCUAAAGCAUGUGCCGUAUGAUGGAAUGCCUUUCCACCUGGUGGGAACCAAAACAUACACUUGCCACCUGGGGCCUGAUCAAAAUGUUAAGGCGAAGGAGAGAUAUUGUGCGAAGAAGGAGAAACAAGCGCUCGAAGACCAUGUCUUCAUGCCCAGGUACCAGCAGGUACAACGCACAAAAAAAAUGGACUGCCCUGCACAAUUCACAGUCUACCAGAUCAUCAAAUUUCCAGCUUUCAGGAUCAAAGAGAACAUCAAGUCAAACAGGAGAGCAGCAUCCGCAGCACUGAAGAAUGCCAUAGAAGCUGACGCGUCCAUGGCUGCUGAACUACGAGAACCCAUUGAUCCUCGUGUCAAAGAUCAGAUUGUCAAGCUAACAUUGGCAGGGGUAAGGACAGUAGAUGAGAUAAGACGACACCUGGCAACCUUUGUCGCAGAUGAACUCUUCCGCGGGGAGAAGCCACCUCCACCGACUCGGCACAGGUUCUACCCCACAGACGCAGACAUCAGGAAUAUGAUGACACGAACUAGGGAUGGCACAAGAGGUGCUAAUGAUGACCAGGCCAAUCUACAGAUACUGACAUCAAAAUGGACAGCAGAACAUGACUGCAAGAUCCACUACAGACCUAGCCAGGUGCUGGAGGAUGGUACCACCACAAAACUUUUGUUUUGUUAUCAGACUGCCUGGCAACAGAGGCUUCUUAGCAUGUAUGGGCAACACAUCUGCCUACUAGAUGCCACCUACAGGACGUGCCGGUAUUCCCUACCAAUAUUCUUCAUUUGUGUUCGCACUAAUGUGUGUUAUUUGGUAGUUGGAGUCUUUGUCACUCAGACAGAGACCACAGCAGCUGUGUCAGAGGCCCUGGGUGUCAUCAAGGGCUGGAAUCCAUCCUGGUCGCCAGACAAUUUCAUGGUGGACUUCUGCCAGGUGGAGAUAGCUGCCCUGGGGGAAGUGUUUCCAGAUACAAAUGUUCUCCUGUGCGACUUUCACCGUGAGAAGGCCUGGAGAGACUGGUGCUGGAAUGGCGAGCAUGGGGUGAGAGCUGAACGGGACAGCCUGCUGCAGUUGCUUAGGGAUGUGGCGACAGCUUCGACACAGGAGGAGUAUGUGGCAAAUAUGACCAAGCUGCAAGACUCUGCCAUGUGGAGGACCAACGAAAAGCUGAGAAAUUGGUUUGGCAGGAAGUGGAUCCCUGAGGCAAAGCGAUGGGUGCGAGUGUUCCGUGACGAGCAGCUCAAGAUCCCCAUAAAUACAAACAAUGGGGUGGAGAGGCAGAACAAGACAUUCAAGCAGCUGCUGCAGGGACACAAAAACUGCAGCCUCAGUGACAUGCUGACAGUUGUCACCUCAACUUUCCUCCCGAGGUCCUAUCAGAAGUAUGUACAGCUGAAUGUGGCGUACUCUUCAGCAUACCGCCGGUAUAACACCGUCAUGCCCGGCUUCCUCCACAACAGGCCACGAGGGGUGGUGACCCACAUCAUGGAACGCAUGACAGAGGCCGAGUACCACACAGACGAAAUUGUUCCGGUGGGUGAUGGCUUGUUUAAUAUCAAGAGCGCAUCUCACGGGAAUGGCCACCACACCGUAGAUUUUGGCUGCAACACCGAUGCCCCAUCCUGCACCUGCAUGGACUGGAGGAGAAGCAAGCUGCCAUGCAAGCACUUUUGUGCCAUAUUCCUAAAAAACAAAGAAUGGGGAUGGGAGAAGCUGCAUGCCUCCUACAGGGAAAACCCCUUGCUGAGUCUUGAUGGGCAUUGCUUGCCAGGUGAGGGGGAGGACGACAUCAGUGGCAGCCAAUUACCCCACACUCCCUCUACUUCUUCACCACCGUCACCAUCACAGUCACCACCGUCACCAUCACAGUCACCACCAUCACCAUCACAGUCACCACCAUCACCAUCACAGUCACCACCACCAUCACCGGUGUAUUGUGACCUACCAGCAAGGAGGCAGCAUUGCGUCAAACAACUGCGCACUGAGUGUGGGAGUUUGCUGAGGGAGAUUACGAACCUCACGUAUAACAUCCAGGACGAGGAGAAUCUAAGAGCCCUUAAAUCCCAGCUUCAAGAUCUGCAGCACCAGAUCCAGCAGUAUACUCCCCGUGAUGACUGUGUAGGCCUACCCCUUGAUGCUGACCAAAUACCCAAAAAAAGGAGAAGGGCAGGAUCUCCGGAACAGCAAUUGGCAAGCCUUCCUGUUUACAGGGCACCAAGGAAAAACCCAUUUACCAACAGGGUUGGGCACCAUGCCGAGGUGAUGAGGAGAAACUACAACACCACUAUUGAGUAAAGUGUCAUGGUAUGCUCUCUUUAUCUUGCUCUCUCUGUCUUUCCCCGCUCUGUCUUUCUCACUCUCUGUCAGUCUCUCUCUUUCUCUGUCUCGCCCUCUGUGCCUGCUUACCUGGUUUUCUCUCUCUCUCUCUCUCUCUCUCUCUGUCUGCCUGCUUGGUUCUCUGUCUGUCUGUGUGUUUUUGUCUGUUUAUCUGUGUCUGUAUGUUGGUUUGUGUGUGCCUGUGUGAUUUUGCUGUACCUGACACCCCAAACCAUACCUGAACCCGAACCUGUUCUGCCUGACUUCCCGAUCUUGACCUGGACCCGUUCGACAACUACUGCUCUCCUGCCCUGGUAAUCCUGAUCCGCCUUCUGUCCCUUGACUACGUUGGUAUUUCUGCCUCAAUAUUACAGCCCUAUUGUAAGAAGGCCUAGUUGUAGAUGUAGGCCCUAUAUUGAGUUGAGCCUGAAUGGGACUAGACAUCUGAUCUAUAUGUAUAUAUAUAUG